AAAGGAAUUAAAUUUUAAAAGUUUUGUGAUUAAUUCUAGCAAAUAAGAUAAAUUAGAAUCAAAAACAUGAAAAUAUUAAUUACAAUCUUUGUCGUUCUUCUAAGUUAUAUGCUAACCUCAGCACGUGUUAUAAAAUAUGAACAUAAUCUAGAAUUUGUAAAAUAUGAAGUCGAUCAGGCAAAUAGCCAAGAAGAAGAUCACUUGAAUGUACAAAUUUACACAAUUGGAGCAAUGGAAUCAAAGUUUAAUAAGCUGGCAGAUGAACUUACAAAGCAGCAACAACAUAUUUUAAAUAAAAGCAGAAUUGGUUCUGAGAAAUUAUUAGAGAAGUUAAAUGAAGAUACUCAGAAAAUCAAUGAAAAUUUUAUAGAAAUUAUAAUAUUAGUGAAAGAAAAUUUAAAUGAUUUUAAGAAUGCCAAAAAUGAGACGGAAUCUAAAAAAUUAAAUAUCACAAAAGACUUUAUGAUGGAAAUCUUGACAUAUGAAAAUGAUUUAAACUUAAAAACAAUUUUAUGCAAGAACAGCACUGAUCUACUGAACAAUGAAAAGAAGUUUUUGACAAAAUUAUUAGAUGGAUGUUCUCAAUGUAAAGUGGAUAGAAUUGAAAAUAUCAAAAAUGAAUUGCAAGCAGCUAACAAAAAUUUAAAAAUGGAAAAUGAUUAUUGUGAGGAAUCUGCACAAUUUUUACGUGACAAAAUCAGUAAACUUAGGUCUGACAUGACUGAUAAGUUGAUAAAAUUAUUACAGAUGGAAAAUCAGGAAUUUAAAAUAAUCAUAGAUAAAUUUUAUGUUGUUUCGAAGCUUGAGAAUUUUUUAGAUGAUUUUACUCGGUCCAGAACAAAAUAUCUCUCAGAAAAAGAACAACUCGAAUCGAACUUACAGUCGAAGCUUUCAAACUUGAAUAAAAUGCUGAUAUUCGAUAGUAUUAAGCAAAAAAGUGGGGAAGUAAUUUACAACACAAACAAAAAUGAAUUAGAUGGUGAAGACUUCCUUCAAGAUUUUUUAACAGAAGUUAACGGCAACGAAUCUAACCAGCAGUCACAUGUUAUAGAGUCAUUACAAGUUGAGGAGCCUGAAUACAUAAAAUGGGAAAAAAUACAUGAAAAGACUAGAUACAUUCCAGAAAAUUCAGUAAUUGCAGGUUAUGAUGUUGAUGGAGCUACUUUGUAUGUUGUUCGUGCAUGUAAUGACAAUGAAUGUACUUAUGGAAAAUAUGCUCGUUUAGAUUGGAGAAUGAAUGCUUACAUUCCAUAUAACAAUGUGGAAAAAGGAGAGCAGGAUGUAGAAAUCUUAACAACUUUAAAUUAUAAAUGGUGUUCCCAUGAUAAAAAUAGAAGUUACGACAAUCUUCCUGUAUGCAGAGUUGAAUACAAAAAUUCAAAAAUUCCAGGAACCUUACAAAAAGAUGGGAAAUGUAGAAUUGGCUACGCUUGGAAAAUAGUUCUUCUAGAAAAUAAUAUCGAAGUUCUAGGAGUAAAUGGAUGUUAAUUGACAUUCAAACAGUUUUAAUGAUUAGUAAUAUUUUAUUGAUUAAAUAUAUAAAUUAAACUAAAAGCAGA